CUUCCAGAAAGCAGCUGGGACUGAGUCCAGCAGUGAUGGCGAACGAAUUGAGACGAACUGUUUAAGUUCGCCGUCUAAAGGCAUUUAGUCGGUUACAAACGUCUUGCAAACUGGUACAGGGCUCUGGCAGGGGUUUUGGCAACCGGCCAAGGUUUGUCCUUUCUUCCACCCACAAAUGAUGGUCAAUCUGUAUGUGGCUGCUCUUCAAAUUUUGCAUUUUUAUGAGGAAUGAACUAAGGUGCUUCUUCUACUGUCUUCUGAACAUACUGCUGAUUCUUCUAUGGACACAGAUUGAGGUGAGGCGUCCAGUGCAGAUAGUGUAAAGUGGAGAGAGGAAGAUGCCAGGCCCUCCUCCCCCACCACCCCCAGGGCCUCCACCUCCUCCCACCUUUGCUGUUGCCAACACAGAGAAGCCAAAUCUAAAACGUUCAGAGCAGCUUGGAAGGAACGCUCUGUUGUCUGAUAUCUCUAAAGGGGCCAGAUUAAAAAAAGCUGUUACCAAUGAUCGCAGUGGACCUUUCCUGGACAAACCCAAAGGAGGAGUCGGUGGAGGCGGUGGAGGCGGCGGCGGAGGAGGAGGUGGUGGUGGUGGAGGAGGAGGAGGAGGAGGUGGCGGGGCUCCUGCUGGUUUAGGAGGCCUGUUUGCAGGAGGGAUGCCAAAACUGAGAUCUGCGGCAAACAGUGGUAAAAAUGACUCAGGACCCAGCCGAGGACCUGUGUUCCCACCAGGAGUCCGCUCUGGUGGGCCCACCCCCUUCGGUGGUGGUGGAGGCUCCGCUGGCCCCCCUAAACUCCCAGGGGCCCCUGCUGCUUCCCGUAGCAACGCCCCUGAUCUUCCCAAGGGCCGGCCAAGUUUCUCAUCCAGACAAGACACUCCAGGAGGCCCCCCUCCUCCUGUACCCAACACACCUCGACCAAACCAGGGCUUCCAGCCUCGUGGGGGUCCACCUCCGCCGUCACUUCCUGGAGGACCCAGGCCCAGCCCAGCUUCUGGACCUCCACCUCCUAGUGUUUCACCAGGGAGGCACGGACCUCUCCCUCCCCCACCAGGAAGCUCCGCAACUGGGCCAAGACCAGGAUUCUCUGCACCUGCUCCUCCACCCCCAAGCAGCGGCCGACCCUCCUUACCGCCCACUCCUGGUGGGAGGCCUCCACUUCCUGACGACCGACCCCCCCCACCACCAGCUCCUCUGGGGGGUCGUCGGCCAUCUAUGCCACGCGAUGUGCCCCCUCCUCCUCCCUCUGUCAACUCCAAGCCUUCCUCCUCUGUCUCUUCCUCCCCUGCCCCUCGUUCCUCAGUGGGUGGGGGCGCGCCUCCUCUCCCGCCAGGCCGACCGGGCCCCCCUCCUCUCCCACCCUCCCCAGCUGGAGGGGACGACCACAGCACCCCUCGUCUGCCCCAAAGGAACAUAUCACUCAACAGCAAUGGCCCAGCUCCACCACCUGCUCGGACAGGACCUCUCCCACCUCCACCAAACGAGAGACCGCCAUCUCUUGGAAGGAACCCAUCCUCCACACGCACAGGGCCUCUUCCUCCCCCUCCUCCCUCAGGCCGUAAUGUAGGAGGGGGCAGUGUGAGGUCGUCACCAGCUCCUUCUCCUAUUGGUCGGCCAGGCCCGGAGCCCCCUCGUGGGGGACCCGGCGGUAGACCUCCCCUCCCUCCAGACAGGCCGGGUAUUGGAGGGUUCCCUCCUCCUCCACCACCCAUGGGUAACGGCUUCCAAAACUCUCACCACAACCAGAUACAGGAUGAGUGGGAGAGUCGGUUCACUUUCCAUCCAGUGUCGGACCUUCCUCCACCUGAGCCCUAUGUGCCCUUUCAGAAGACCUACCCCAGCAAGAUUGGCAAGACUGACGGCAGAGGACCUGGUAAAAAGGAAAGAGGAGCUCCCCCUCUUCCUCCUAUACCCAGGUGAAGAAGAGGUGGCAGCAAACACAACCCCUGGAACUACUUUCGCUGUUCCCCUGCCUGCCUCUCUCUUUCUCUCUCUCGGUUGCGCUCUUUGUGCUUUUACCUGCGGCAUGUGGUUUCAUCUGUGGACUGCAAAAUGUAAAAUGGACCUGAAGUAUGGUUGACCAAGUUGAAAUACAAACUCACAAUGUGUAGUUUACAUUAUGCGCCUCUGUAGCAGCAGAAUGGCCGCAUUGAAAGACCAAAGCCUGUUUAUACUCGGGUACACUCUGUUCAGAUUAAAAGAAAGAAAGCCAGCCAUGCUGUGGCUGCAAAAAAAAAACAAAAAAAAAAAACUUUUUUGCUGGGCUGUUUGACCUGGUUGCUGUGAGACAGAGAUCACUUACGAACAACAAUAUUUUCAUGAACCUUGAUCCACAUUGACUUUAUUCCAUUAACUAACCUUUUCAUCCUUUGCUUACAGUGGUUGAUAGAUUCCCUAGAUUGCUUGCUAGAUAAUGUUUUACCAACCAGCUACACAUUUAUAAAAGAAUACAAAACUCUUACUUGACAAAUAAACCAGCAUUUGGCAUGUAGCAUGUGUGACUUUCCCAGCCUGUUUACGCAAGCACAGACAGCAUUAGAUAAAGGUAAAUCAUCAUGUUAUUGCAAUAUUGUUGUCAACAUUGGAGUCCCAGGGUUACAGUGCAGGGCUUGUAAUGCAACCAACCAGCUUGUGUUGACAAGCGGUUUGUCUCCUUUUGUCCCAGUGUUUUCCCUUGUGCCUUUUUCUAUUCAGGAUUGUAUAUUCAGGCUGCUUAAAAGAGUUAAGGGAAUUAGCCUUGUGUGCCUUAAAUUAUGUAUGUAUGUUUGUUCAGAUGGAUUGGAUCACAUCUGCUGAUGUAAAUGUAAAAACCGAAGCAAUACAGCAACUUGAUUUCCACAACAUCUAGAAUACUUAGCAUAGCAAAGUGUCUUAAUUACAACAUCAACACAUAGAAAGACAUGGAACCAAACUAAAAAUGGCCACCGCUGCAUAAAACAUCAGGGGAAACGCACGUGUUUAAUUUGCCAAAGCCACACGUGCCUUUACAGCAUGUAUAUUUACAUCUGUUUGUUUCUGUUGGAACCACUGAACGGUACUUUUCAUUUGAUUGUUAAAUGUUAAUGUGAGCAUGCAUGUAAUGUUUUUGAUUGACAUUUUUUUAAAGGACAUUGCGUGGUGUUAGGGCAGCAUUUGUUUACAAUACAAGUGAUUCUUAUUUUGCUGUUUUGUUAAAGCAGUGUUGACUAUGAAGGGCAUGUAUGUCUCUGUAUCGAGUGGUAUUGAAGGACUGUAAUAUUUUAAGUUAUGUUUCAGAACUGUGCAGUAUUAUAGUUAGUUUUUUUUGCUUCACCCAGCACUUCUUUGAAUGGUCUUUUGUAUGUGUGAUGUAUUAUUAUUAUCAUGUGUUGGUCAAAGAAAUCUUUUCUUAACGACAAUCAUAUGGGAGUAAACCUAUUUACAUCAAUAAAUAAAAUGCUUUAUGUGCUUUACCUGGGGUGAAAUGCGCUUUUAUAGGACGAUACAGAUACGUGUGCACAAAGGAUGAUCAUUUCAUCACCGGCAAGCAGAUAAAGUGAUUUAUUAUGUAUUACCAGAUAAAAAAAAAAAAGCAUAAUGUACAUGUUUGUGCAAUAAAGCUGGACAAUACAUUGAU